AUGGAGUGGGAAGAGUUCCACGACUGGCUUCUGUGUCAAAUGGAGGCAAUAGCCGGUCCUGCAGAGGAGAAUGAGUGGACCCUGGAGGAUAUCUACAAGAGCCAUGGCGAUAGGCUCAGAUAUGUCGCCAUGUCGAACAACGACUAUGCCGCGUUCUUAGAAUGGCGAGAACCACAGACUGAACCGGCAAUGUCUUCGCCCUAUGCCUUCGUUACUAACUGGAGCUCAUUCCUGGUCUUUUCGACUCAGGCCAGGGCCUUUGAUGCAAGGUAUGGAGGACAUCCUGGACUGCAGGAACCUCAAAAACUUGGAAAUCACCAGAGAACCACUUCUGGAGGUGAUGGUAGGAGGGAUGAUACUGGCAACAUGAUCACUAUGUUUCGCUAUGUUGUCCUUGUAUGA